AGGUAAACCGGAAGAGGAAAACGCAGGGAUUAUAGCGUGUACUCAGCAUCCUUGGUGCACCGAGCAUCCUUAAAAUAAACUCUUCGUGAAAUCUGCCUGGAUUAUUCUUUUUUGGGAUAAAACACCUUUUAUUACCGAGGACUGAUUUAUUGUUUCCGUUGAGGAGGGGCUGUUGUUGUUGCGGACUGUCGCUGCAGCAGGACACCCACAGUCUGUGGAAGUGGGACAGCGGAACAGAUGGCGUAUCCAAGCCGGUCCGCAGGGCUUUGUCCAGCACAAGAGACAAGGUGCCAUCAUUAACAUAGUUCGCUUUUACAGCUUGUUUUAUUUUUGUGCGACUCUCUCCUCCAUCAUACACAAUCAGCCAUGUUGGAGUGACUGGAUGCAACUGGAGGACCGAAACGCGUCCGUGUACCGCCUGAGCCGAGACCAACCCCCCGCCGACUUAAUCCCCUUUAAGUCCGUCUGGGUGAACAAUGGUCGACAACCGCUACGCCACUGCUCUGGUCAUCGCCUGCGUGCUGAGCAUCCUGGCCACCGUGUAUCUGUCGGUGGCCAUCGGCACGCAGCACUGGUACCAGUACAGCAGCCCCACCGUGCGCGGCGAGGCCAACGUGUCCGAGCUGCGCUCCCUCUACGACGAGUUCAUGACCGGGGAGUUCGACGAGAAGACCUACAGCGACACGCUGUUCCGCCUCAACGGGACCGUGGGGCUGUGGUGGCGGUGCGUGCUCGUCCCACCCUCUGCCCACUGGAACAGGGAGCCAGAUGCAAAGAUCUUGCUGGAGUGUCGAAACUUCACUCUGCCGGAGCAGUUCACCCCUAAAUACAAAGAGCCAGGGAACCACAACAGUGGAGAGGACAUGCUCCGCACCUAUUUGUGGAGGUGCCAAUUUCUGCUCCCACUGGCGUCUCUCGGUCUGGUUGUGCUGGCGGGCCUGAUUGGGUUUUGCGCCUGCCUUUGCAGAAGUCUCACUCCCACAUUGGGCAUCGGAGUUCUUCAUCUCUUGGCUGGCCUGUGCACCCUGGCCACAGUGUGCUGCUACCUGGCUGGGAUGGACCUGCUCCACAGGGUGUCGAUGCUUCCUGACAAGGUGGAUGGCUCCCUGGGUUGGUCCCUGUACCUGGCCCUCAUCUCCUCGCCCCUGCACAUGAUGGCUGCCGCGCUGCUGGUGUGGGCGGCGCGCAGUCACAGUCAGAACUACUACCGCAUGACUGCCUACCGGGUGGCGUGAAUAUGUGGUUUCUAUCCCAUCUUAUGUUUUAAAGUCUAGAGUAAAAACCCUAAGGUAUGCUGCAUUCAUUUCAUUUUUAUUUUUUUUUCUCUAGUCAAUGUCCAGGUCAGAAACACUGAAAAUUAGCUGAUUUUUUUUUUUUUUAAUUUAGAUUUGUUGGUAAAACCUCAAAAUCAGCAAUAUUAAAAAAAAUACCUGCCUGGAUCUCUGGUUAAGCUUUAAUAUAAUUUACUUCUACAAGAGUAAAAACAAGGUUUCCUCAAUGCUUUUAAAAGUGACACCUUUUCUUUUAUGUCUUCUGAAAACGAUAACACAAACUCCACAAGUGUAGUUCACUGGGUUGUUACAGUCAGCUAAAGCAAAGCAAGGUGGAGGUUUGUUAUCCUGUGGUUUGGCUUUGUGUGUCAUUGGCACUGCAUCACUUAAUCUGCUGAAAAAAUAAUGAAGAUUAAAGACGUUAGACCCAACUGCACCAACCAGUGUCACGCGAAGCAAUGCCCUGGGAGGAAGUUUCUGAGCCAAACGCUCCCCAAACAAAGGCACGAAAUGAAAAGGUUUUUUUUUAAGUUGACAAAGUUGACAGUCCUGACCUAUAUAUGCAUAGAAUCUCUUAUUAAACGAUCCAUGUCACCACAAGAGAUAAAAAAAACACAUCCUCAUAGUGGAAGAGUGCCAAAAAUCAGGACACGGAUGCCAGGUGUUUUUGGCAGGUUGCUCUUGUUGAGGACGUUUAUGAAGUUAGACAGCAGCGCCCUGACUUCAGUCUUGCGCUGCAGAAUUGGAUUAUUUCGGUUGUUGCUUUUGAUCUUCAAAUCGAUGUAUUUAUAUUGCACCAAUUUACAACAAUUAUCAUCUGAAAGCCCUUUACAAAACAUGCAGAUCUAACUUCUAUGCAAAAAUUCUAGUUAUAAUGGAUUGCAAUCGGGUUCGGUUUAUAACGCUAAUUGGCAAAAUGUUAAGAAAUCAUAAUUGAUUGCUUCAAGUCACUGACCUUGCAGCAAUCCCUCAUAUUGAGCAAGAAUCUUGCUGAAGUGGAAAAGAACAGACAGCCCCAACCACUAGCAGUAGCAAAGGAAAGCCAUUAUGUGGCUUAAAUUAUAAAGUGAAAAUUCAUCUGCCUGUUUUAGUUUGACGCAUUCAUUUAGUUGAGAUACAGAGGAUUCAACCUUCAUGCGGCCUCUUUCAAGUAAGUUUGGUUCUUAAGUAUUUUGUAAGACAGCUGCUUCCUUCCUUGUGAUUUUUUUCACGCUGUUGAGUGAGCAGUGCAUGCACACCGCACGCCUCUGACGAUCCUCAUCUGAUAAGGAGCUGAGCAGAAUGCUGCCUGUUCACUUCUCAGAGCCAAGUGGUGUUAACGAUUUCAGGAAAAAAAAACCACAGACGUCACUUAAGACCCAGUCAUCAAUCUAAGCAAGUGUGCGUUAAAUUGCUUUGAGCUUCUUUUUUUAAUUUAUUUGUAUAAAUAUUGUACAUAUCAAACAGAAUAAGGAAGGAACAGUUUUGGUCAGAAGUUUACGUACAGUACACUCCUUGGCAUGAAUGUCAUUUUGGGAUUUACCGAUUAAUUUAACAGUUUUUCUUGUUACCAGGUCGGAAUGAUUAUACAACAAAGAAUGUCAAUAAGUAAAAACAACAAUUGGAAGCUCAGGUUUUAAAUUGUUGUGAAUCUUUCUCUAAUCCACCCAUGGGAAAAAGUACACUUACAGUAUGAAACUCAUACUGUCCCCUGUAAUAUUUGGUAAAAGGCCACCUGGCAGAUUGACCUUUAACCUUAUACUUUUUGUAGUCAUCACCUCUGCCGUAUUCCAAGCUUCUAGGCAUGGCGCACAAAUUUUCAGUCAGGUUGAUGUUGGGGCUUUAGGCAGGCCAUGUAUUUAGAAAAUCUGUGAGUUAUGCUUAAAAGCAGCAUUGAAUCUUUCGAAAGGAGCGGCCAAACAUCCCGGUAGAGUCAUGGUAGAAACUUGUUGAAGGCUGCACAAAGCUUGUGGUUGAUGUUCAGCUAUCGAAGCAACAUAUAAGCAAAUUAAUGUUGUUUUUUUUAACGCAAUUUUUAAAAUGUAGUAAAGGCAAUACAGUUCAAUCUUUCCAAUAUUAAUAAGUCUUCUGGCUAUAACGACGUCUUUAAAAUCUGAUUCAAAACAGAUUUUAUGUACAUCAGUACAUAAUGUUUUACCGGUAUGUUCUUAAAGAAAACAAAAGCAAAAGGUAAUGAACUUUGAAGCAUAUUUCCAUCAUUUCUGCUAUGUCACAAUUGCUCCUAUGAUCUUAUUCAAAGUUACAGUGAAGAAUUUCAAUUCAGUGGUUGUCUCAGAGUUAUGAGACCACACCUGUGUGACAGGCACACCUUAAGUACUGAAUGUUUCAAGCAAAACACAAAAGCAUUCAGUAAUCAUCUUCAGAGGCUUUGACGCAGAAUGCUUUGUCACUGAGAAGUUAAAGUGAAAGAUUAUUACUGCAUCCAUGUUAGUCCUGACAAAAUGUCCACAUUCAUGGCUUUUUUUUUUUUUUGCUAUUUAACUUGAUUUAUUUAUUCUUUAUAUAUAUACAAAGUAUGUUGUUUUGUUACUUUUCAUGCAUAUUUGAUCUGAUUUUGUAGAGGAAAACAUUUAAUUUGUGUCAUUUAGUGGCGCAAUACCUUCUGUUUUGUCUAUCCUGAUAUUUUUGUGGUUUUGUUUCCUGCUUUGUGUUUGAUGUUUCUUUGAUUGCUAAAAAUCCCUGUUGUGAAAGUAAGUCAUCAGAAAUAAGGGAGAGUAUGCCUGCCCCUUAUAAAUUAUGAAUGUACUUUAAGGCCAUAUGUGGACGAACUGUUGAAUUUGUUCUGCAAUUUUACAUUACUUUAAUCAUAUCCUGAAUAUUGAUGUAAUUUUACAUUGAUAGAUAAAUAUAUAUAUGUAUAUAUAUUUAUUUGGAGGAAAUAAACACACUUGCUGGAUGGUAACAGAUGAGCAUCAUUUUCCAAAGUGUCAUGACAUUUCUGAAUGGUUUCACAAACGUUCUGCUGAGUUGGAUUGUAUUUUACUCAUCCAAACAUCAAACACAAACGGCUCUUCUAUCCCUGAUGCACUGUUGAAACAUGAUGUUUGUGAACCUAAAGUGAAACUGUUGCUAUGUGUGUAAAUACGUGUGCGUAUGUGCAAGGCUUGUACGUGUUGUCAUUUCAAUAAAUAAAAAAAAAUGUUGCUAAAAAUCA